AUGAAGCUCGCGGACCAGGUUGUCCUCGUGACGGGCUCGUCUCGCGGACUGGGACUGGCAAUCGCGCGGGCAUUCCACCACGAAAACGCCAGGGUCGUGGUGAACUACUUCCACGCGGCCGAGGACCGGAUCUCUGUGCUGCGGACGACGGAAUUCGGUGCUUCUUCUCCCUCUUCCCCCCAGGAUGAUCGUGUCCUGUUCGUCCGCGCGGAUGUCACUGAAAUCGACGGAGCCCGAGAACUGUUCCGUCAGGCAGAGCGGCACUUUGGCCGGCCGAUCACGACCGUCGUCAACAACGCCAUGGUGGGCGACUUUGCGUUCAACGGCGACGCCAGAGCCCCAAUCUCGCAACUCACGUGGUCCGCCUUCGACUCGCAGCUACAGGGAUUCCUCCGCGGCGCCUUGAACACCACGCAAGCGGCGCUUCCGGGAUUCGAGAAGCUGGGGUUCGGCCGCAUCAUUAACAUUGGCUCAAAUCUGUUCCAGAACCCCGUCGUGCCGUACCACGACUACACCGCGGCCAAGGGCGCGUUGCUGGCCUUCACCAGAACGUGCGCGGCCGACCUGGGACCAAAGGGCGUCACCGUCAAUAUGGUAUCGGCGGGCCUCUUGCACGUCACGGAUGCCAGUGCAGCCACGCCCAAGGAGGUGUUUGAUCACAUCAAGGCCGUCACGCCCCUGAGGAAGGUUACCACGCCCGAGGAUGUUGCAGGGUCGGUCUUGUUCUUCGCGAGCCCGUGGGCUGGUGCAGUGACUGGCCAGCAAAUAGUGGUUGAUGGAGGGCUGGUCAUGAAUUGA